CUAAUUUCAGUGUUUGUGGGGAUGGUGUCAGCUCAAUUAACAUCUGAUUUUUAUGCUUCUUCAUGCCCUAAUGCUUCUGCUACCAUUAAGGCUGCAGUAGAGUCUGCUGUGAACUCUGAGAAACGCAUGGGGGCGUCCUUGCUUCGUCUUCAUUUCCAUGAUUGCUUUGUUCAAGGAUGUGAUGCAUCAGUGUUAUUAGACGACACAUCGAGCUUCACAGGUGAAAAGACAGCUUUUCCAAACGUUAAUUCGCUUCGAGGUUUCGAUGUCGUAGACACUAUCAAAACUCAAUUGGAAGCCAUCUGCCCUGGUGUUGUCUCCUGUGCCGAUAUUGUAGCUGCUGCUGCUCGUGACUCUGUUGUUGCUCUAGGAGGACCAAGUUGGGAUGUGCUGUUGGGAAGAAGAGAUUCAACAACAGCCAGCUUAAGCGAUGCAAAUUCUGACUUGCCUGCUCCUACUUCUGAUCUUAGCGGCCUCAUCACUGCUUUCUCCAACAAGGGCUUCACCACCAAAGAAAUGGUCGCUCUCUCAGGAUCUCACACGAUAGGGCAAGCGAGGUGUACAACCUUCAGAACAAGGAUAUACAAUGAGAGCAACAUAAACUCAACAUUUGCAGCAUCAUUGCAAGCAAAUUGUCCCAGUACAGGUGGUGAUGAUAAUCUGGCAGCUCUGGACACGACUUCUCAGAACUCUUUCGACAAUGCCUACUUCACCAACUUGUUGACUCAGAAGGGUCUCUUCCACUCCGACCAACAGCUCUUCAAUGGCGGAUCCACUGACUCUCAGGUCACUGAUUACAGCAACAAUCCUGAUACCUUCAACUCUGACUUCGCUAAUGCCAUGCUUAAGAUGAGCAACCUUAGCCCACUCACUGGUUCCAGUGGUCAGAUUAGAACUAGUUGUCGGUCACUCAAUUCUUGAGUUUGCCCCCAAAAAAGAAACAAUGUUGUACUGAUCAUAUAUUUAUGUAUGUACAAGGUGGUUUAGUCCUUUACGUAUGUGGUCUGGAAGUCACCAAUGUAACAUGCGU